CAAGGCUUGCUGCUCCACUUCUUGGACGAUAGGUAAAAGAGAGAUCGCGCGCGCACACACAAGGAAAAACCACAUUAACGACAAAACAAGAAGAACGUGUUGAUUGUAGACAUGCAUCUUGUACGAAUGCGAAACAGAGCACAGGGAAGGAUAUCUACACAGAGACAGCAUUCGCAAUAUAACAAGGAGAGUGUUGAGCAGAGCAUUAAAAUGCAAUCAUGCUGGUGUACCGAUGUGGACGGUAUCAUUUCCUUGAGCUUGAGGAGGUGGUAGCGAGUAGGAGUGGGACUGGUGGUAGGAGUCUAUAUAGGGAUGGAACGAUAUCGAUAUUGUUAUCGAUAUUAUCGAUAUUUUAUGUCUCCGAUGUUAUCGAUACUUUUAAAGUACCGAUAUUUACCAUAAAAAUAUUGAUACUACAUCGAUAUAGAUAUCGAUAUGCAUGCUAAAUAUUAGUAAUUCGGCGUCGGCGGCGCUCGGACAGGAUGUGAAAGGAUGUGUGGAGCUGCUCAAGGAGUUUAUCAAUUAAGCUUGACGGCUUUUUUCCCUCUCUCCCUCUUGAUUUGGUUUUCCAUCAUGAUGCCGAUAUUUUCCUGUAAAGGUAUGAUGCACGUUAGGGGAAAGACUUUUGUUUGCUUGUUUGUUUGUUUCUAAAAGUUCGUGAAUUGUCCGGGGCUGCAUUUCGUGCCAAACGCAACGAGAUACAGAGGGAAUAGAGUACGCAACCACCUUGGCGAGGCUCCAGACUUUCAUUCCAGUAGGCGACCCUCUCCUUUCUCUCUCGCACUCCUUCUGUCAAGUCAAAAACGAACGAAGUGCGAACCGAAGGACCAAUGAAACGCGAGUGCGCAACGCAUGUUGGGUUGAAGCGCCCAUGAGACAUGCACGCUCGAGCCAGUGCAACUUUUUCUGCACGAAAACAAUCAGCUGAAUUCACUAUAAAGCCAGUUCCUUAUCACACAGCGCCAAAGUCGGGGUGUUGACACACGACGUUCCGAAUUCCGCUGUCUUUUUUCGUUGACUUAAAAUGACCUGAUGAGCGCUCUCUUGUCAUGGCACCGCUUUUUGCGUUCUGUGCCGCCCGUGGACAUCACCGGAGGAACAGGUUCGUGCGAACGCACUAUUGCGAAUAGUUGACAGAUGGGUAUCAUUUUUAAUUAUUCGAAAAUUUCGGGUAUUGUGUGUGUAUUGUCAUCAAACAAGAGAGCUACCUAUGGAGGUAGCCCCUUUUAUACAGACUCUAUCUUACAUACCAGAUAAAAACGCUCCAAAGGGAGAUUGCUUUUUGUACGUGCCAUACCAUAUGCGAACAAUCCUGAAACUCCGGAAGAGUCGCUACGGGCCAGUACAGUCCUAGUCGGCUUACUAGAACCUGAUAUGCCACUCACCUUGAUCACGAUCAAAGAGCCGAGUUGCUGUAAGCCAGCGGCGAGAGCACUCCAGAGACCCGAAUAAUGACUGCUCACGGAUGAUAUGUGCACGCAGUCCGGCUCUCACUGCCUGGAAAAUAGCCACGCUUCCAACAUCAGGGCCACCGAAGGCCAACCGACACCGGCGAAUCCAUAUUUGGAAGUUGAUUUCCGGAGAUCAGCAAUGAUAAUUGCUUCCGUUCUGCGCGUACGCCCGGCAACGGCUCCAGGUACCCUGCGGUGGCCCAGUCGACAGUUAGGAGCCUAAAUAUUAGCACCACCCUACUCCACAGUAAAAGCGGAAUACGGCAUCGCAAAAAGAAAAAAAAAGAACAAAGUUCUGCAGUCUCAGACAUGCCACAAGACGGACAAGUGUCCGUGCGACAUAUCCGAAGUGCAAAUGUUCACGCAGAGAAAGGACACCAUGGGCCAGCUUCCAAUGGAGACUAGCGCGCCGUGCAUCAAGCCAGCCUGUAACGAUACGCCGCCAUGCGAAUUUCGUUGGCGCUGCUGGCCUUGCGGGACCCAGUCGCAUUUCCUUGAAGGCGGCGUAGAAAUCACAGACGCUUCACAAGGAAAUGUCUUCACCUGGGCACUGGACACGCAAGCGCCGCACAACAGCUACACAAGGGCUAAAAUAAGGCUGUAUUCCGCUCUGGGGCGAUGCUCGAGGCUCUCUAGGAACCACCUGGCGGCGUAUCCUAGAAAAUACUGUACUAAUGCGCAGACCGGGUGCUCCGACGCACGGAGCGCCUCAAAGAGAAAGCCACAACUGCUGCUGUGCGUGAAGACAUUAUUCAAUGGAUGGCAUCACGUAGCGCUAUCCUGUGGAGGUCUGACGACUUGCCAGGGACAGAAUACGUCUGGUAUGGGUGUAGCGCCUUGUCUAAGUGCAGCGAAACACGCAAAAGAAGUGCCUUGACUAUGAUUUUGUGGUCGCGUGCCAAUAGAGUGAUAGGCCGGUAUGCGUCCGGAUCUCGCUUUCUCGUUUUCCCAAUGUCAGUGAUCUUUCCUGGAAACAUCUAGGGAUUUGAAAGGAAACUUGCCUUGCGUCGCUGUUUCCAAUGUGCAUCGACCUUAGUACCGUGUGCAAAAGAUCAACGUCCUUUUCACAAACGACGUGUUCCUUAAGAAUUAGGCUUGGACUUGGUCAUACGGGUAAUUUUCGUGGUCCGCCAACCACGUACUUAAAACAUCUACUCUGCGCGGUCCGUGCUAGACUGUACUCAGGUGGAGUCGAUUCUGACGCGAUGGCAGAACUCCAGGGGUAUCAAUGGUCCAAGACCUCGAUAGGGAAGCCGCUUUUGCUAGUUUGCAGCCAUGCAAAUGAACGCGUGAUGUACGAGUACGUAUUCUACUCGAACUACACUGCACGAGAUGGCGAACGUACAGCAUACUAUGUGUGCGGCGGAUGCCGUUACCGAAAGGAACCUCAAAGUCAACCUUCCCCACCCCAAAGUCAAAGCCGGCGUUGUCUACGGUAGCCCAGAAGAUUGUCAUCACAUUUGCAGUCCAGAGUCCCAGGCUGAAGCAAAGGUAUCGGCGAAACACUUCGAAAGAACCACCAGGGAGGAGAUAUUCCAGGGAACGGACAACAGGCCACGGGAAACCUACAAUGUUCUCCUGCAAAAAUUUGUUGACCAGCACGUACAUGUCCCCCGAGAUAGACGUGCAGACAUCGAGAGGCAUCUUCCCAUGUUCCGCUCGGUUCGUUCGACGUACCAAAUGCAGUUAAAUUGGAGGUACCCUGUUCUCCAUGGAAUUGGAGAUCCUGCGGAAACGUGGGAAGGGCUCACGAAGAUGUCGGAGGUCUCGCGGUCGGGAGCACCAGGAUCGUACAUGAUACUGCAGCGUUCGGUUCCACCCUUUUUGGCCAUCUCAUCGGAUCUGGACCUGGACACGUUACACGCUUCCCACCACUAAGUGUGUGAUGGGACCUUCUCCUACAAACCGGCGAUGUUCGCUGAACUCUAUUCUGUUCACGGUUUCGUACGUGGCGAAGCCGUUCCGCUCGUGGUGGGACUUCUGCCUGAUAACGCUGCUACGACAUAUACAGCUUUC